AUGGGAGGCCUCUGGCCGUGGGUGCUUGGUCUACUCUCUUUGCCAGGUUUGAUCCUAGGAGCGCCCUCAGCCUGCAACUCCCCAGAAGCCUGUGGAACCAGCUUCUCAGAGGGCCUCAACCCUGAAGAGACCCAGACAUCCUGGGACAAGGACAUCCCUGCGAUUAACCAAGGGCUCAUCCCAGAGGAAACCCCGGAGAGCAGCUUCCUACUGGAGGGGGAUAUCCUUCGGCCAAGUCCCUUCCGGCUGUUCUCGGCAAGCAGCAACAGGUGGCCUAAGAACGGGGGGUUUGUGGAGGUCCCCUUCCUGCUCUCUAGCAAGUACGAUGAACGCAGCCGCGAGGUUCUCCUGAAGGCAUUUGCCGAAUUUGAGCGCCUCACGUGCAUCAGGUUCGUCGCCUACCAGGGCCAGAGAGACUUCAUUUCCAUCAUUCCCAUGUCUGGAUGUUUCUCCAGUGUGGGACGCAGUGGAGGGAUGCAGGUGGUGUCCCUGGCACCUCCCUGUCUCCGGAAAGGCCCAGGCAUUGUCCUACAUGAGCUCAUGCAUGUGCUGGGGUUCUGGCAUGAGCACUCACGGGCUGAUCGGGAUCGCUAUAUUCGUAUCCACUGGAAUGAGGUCCUCCCAGGCUUUGAAAUCAACUUCAUCAAAUCUCGGAGCAGCAACAUGCUGAUGCCCUAUGACUACUCAUCAGUGAUGCACUAUGGGAGGUUUGCCUUCAGCCGCCGUGGGCUGCCCACCAUCACACCGAUCUGGGCUCCCAACGUUCACAUUGGCCAGCGAUGGAACCUGAGCACCUCGGACAUCACACGGGUCCUCAGGCUCUAUGACUGCAGCCCAAGUGGCCAAGGCCCCCGUGGGGGAGGGUUCCAGCCCCACAGCGAUGGUAGGAGCCCUACUCCUGCCUCUAGACCAUACCUGCAGCGGCUUCUGAAGGUGUUGUUGGCAGAAUCUGGGAGCCCCGACACCGGUGCCCCCAAGGCUGGAGCCCUGCAUGCUGCUGCAGGGCCCGGAGAGAGCCCACGUAGCUGGGAGCGCCCUGCACCAAGGAAGUUCCCUAUGCGGGCAUCUGCAGGGCUGCUUCAGACCCCAGCUUCCUCCCCGAACUCCAGGCCUGGAGCAGGUGUUCCUGGUAUUGCUCUAGAGACGUCCUGGCUGGCCCGUGCGCCCUCUGGACCCCCAACCGCGGCUCCAGCAGCAGAAGACCAGCUAGUGCCUAUCCAGGAUGCUUUGGGGACCCCAGAUCUGCCGGGAACACAUAGCGCCGCGAGGACGCGGGUCUCCCGGCUGGCCGCGGACUACCGACACGCGGGCGGCAGCAGGGGGCGCUCGCAACCUGGCCACCGCGCCUCCCAGGGCUCGGCAGGCCCGACGGAGUCUGGCCGGGGCAAGAAAGCACCUGGGGCAAGAGCUCCGGGCAGUCUCCCCGCUCCCCCCUACUCCUUCCACUCGGCUUCCUCUUCGAGCGCCGGUCUCCUCCCUCCUCCAGCGCGCUCGCUCUCCUCCCAUUCCCCUGCCGCGGCCGGCUGCCUGCAGGCGCGGCUCGCGGCUAGAGCCAGCGAGCGGAACGGGCGCCUGGGCCUCUGCGCCGCCUCCCGCAACCGGUGGCGCGCCCCCCGCCCGGCCCGCCGAGCCCCGCGCCCCAGCGUGCGUCCAGCAGCCUCGGAGCGUGAGGGAGCAACUUCCCCCCGGUCCCGGGCGGGGCGGGGACGGCAGCGGGACAACUUGGAAAACUUCGGGGAGGACGGCAGGGGCGCCGGGGGCUGGUGGAAGAGGAUGUAG